CCGGCGAUACCUCCAAAGCUAAUCAUCAUCAUCAUCACCAACCUUCUUCUUCUUCUUCAUCUCUCUAUUCGAUUUUCGAAAUCUAGAUCUAAUCGACGAUGAACACCGCUUUAGAUUUUGCUUUUCCCGCGAAUUCGAGUUUUAUUGGCGGGAGAACUCGCCGCGUGUCCCCUUCUCCUAGAUUAUUCGGUUCCUGCGUAAGAGUGUGUUCUCUUCCUCCUCCUCCUUCUUCAUCUCUCAAGGCUGAGUCAUGUUUAAAAAGAGAUGUGAACAGACAAAGAAGCAGUCUGGAGUCAAUGUUCUGUUACGACAAGCCAAUACCUGAAGAGAUCAUCGAUGAGCCUGUCGGAUUAUCUAUGUCCGAGAGAGAGAUUGGUGAUAAUGAGCGUUGCGGUUGUUGUGAAGCGAAAGGUGCAUUGCUUUGUGCCACUUGCUCUGGGACUGGUUUGUAUGUUGACUCUAUUAUGGAGAGUCAAGGCAUUAUUGUUAAAGUUCGUUGCUUAGGUUGUGGUGGAAGUGGUAAUAUUAUGUGUAAAAGUUGUGGUGGGCGUGGUUACGUAGGUCAUUGAUGACAACCCCCAAGUUUCACUUUGUUUUCAGUCAUGGUUUUGUACUCGUUUUACUUGUUUUGCCACAUUUUCUCUGAUAUUAUUGCAGAAUCCCACCUUUGUCAGUUCCAUAUAUAGAUUUGUGUUCAUGUACUGAUGUAGUUCACAAUCAUGUAAAAGACUCAAUUCAUCUUCUGUUGUUAGAUACAAAAAUUGUUUCCUAAAUGAAUGUGACUAAAUCAGA